AUGGAAUCUGAGCCGGUAAUUGUGGUGGAUCAAGAAAACUGUUUUAAUGAAGAAGACGAAGAUAUAGAUGAUGUGGCCGGAAAUGGGCAAGGAUGUCCCGAUACUCCUCCGCAGGACCCUUUUUUCCUGUCACCUUUCAGAGACAUGAGGAAACGCUCAUUACCGACACCGCAAUGCACAUCUGGAAUAACUGCUAGUCAAGUGCGGAGGUUGAGCGAUCAGGGAGCUGCCGGUGCGGCUGCCAGGGAACAGGCGUUCUUGGCCACGUUGACCAAGGCCCCGGGACCCUACACACCGGGUCGCCGACAUUCGGUCAUCACGAUAUCCAAGGCGCCCAUGCCGUUGUUCGGCCGCAACAGGCGCGAAUCGAUUGCAGCGUUCCCCAGCAAGGGUCCGAGGGUGAACCGCAGGGACUCGGCCGGUGGCGCCACGCCGUCUCCCACGGGUAGCCAGUUCAACUUGCAGCUGGACAUCAUGGACGACAUAGCGGACAUCAAGGCGGCGCGGAAGGUCAGGAUGAAGAUGUGGCAAACCGAGGACAAGGAAAAGAUGUGCGAGCUCCAGUCGAUGGACGGUGAAAACAAGCAAAUGUCCAGGUUCAAGGAGGCCAGGAGGUAUUCCAACAUCGACGUGUGCGAAAAAAUCGCUCCGCCCAUACCGGCCCGGCGACGUGCAUCGGAGCUGCCUCCCAACUUGACGCCGCAGGCCGGCAAACCAUCGUCAGCGUCAACGGCUGCGGCCCAAUCGUCCGGGAUAGUGUGCACGAACACGGAUCUGCUGUCGAUUAUGAACUCGUUGAAGUCGACGGCCACCAAAGCGUUGCAGUCGACCAAAGGUGGCGGCCCGCGGCAACGGGUGAACAGCAAGACCACUGACAGCCUGCCAACCGGCGUGGUCGGCGACGUCGUCGGCGGCGACCGUCGGCGGGACGUGCUCCGGACAGGCCGGUCGAACAGCGUGGACGUGGCCAACAUUGGCGCGGCGGCGGCCAUGGCGGCCGCGGCUGCGGGCAACAGCACCAGGAACUGGUUCAGGAAAAUGUCCACCCGGACGGCGACCGCUGUGUCGAUGGCGGCGGGGCAGCGGGGGGCCGACGCCGAGUGCGCGGAACAGCGUCUGGCCACCGCCGGCGGCGGCGAGUACGUGGUGCAAAAGUCACCCGUCGUCGUGACGUUCGCCGACGAACGGCCAAAGGUGUCGCUGUUGAUAGAUCCGUCGUCCGGUUGCAAACCGGAAAAGCACUGCACGACACCGCUGUCCCCGCCACCGCCACCGCCGCCACCACCGUCGUCGUCCGUCGACAAGAAACCGGCGCCCAACGGUGGUGACGUAGUGGUGUGGGACCGGCCCACCGGUUCGGUGGUGAACGCCGAGGUGUUGGGCACGGCCAUUGAGGGCUUCUUGGCGGCCAAGAAGUCGGGCGACAGCGCCGACGCGUCGCCGACUGGUGACGGCGAGCACCACGAACACCCGUCGCAGCAGCAGCAGCAGCCGUCUGGCGGCAAGCCCGUCGCCAAAACGUCCGCCGACCCGAGCACGCCCGCCCGCACGUGCGACACGUCCAUCUGUUCGUCGCUCAAAGAUCUGUUCGUCAAAUAG